AUGUCAAUCCCUGAAAUACCUGAGGAUAUUACACCAGUAAACCAGGAACAGAACUUCGUGCAUGACGUUUAUAACGAUAUAGCUUCACAUUUCUCUCAAACGAGAUAUAAACCUUGGCCCAUUGUUGAAAAGUUUUUAAUGGGACAAAAAGAUUACAGCAUCGGGAUAGAUGUAGGUUGUGGUAAUGGGAAAUAUUUGGGGGUUAAUCCUAAUUUAUUCAUGAUAGGAACCGACAGAUCAGAAGGUUUGAUUGAAUGUGCACAUGGGUUAAAUUCCAAUUACAAUGUUGGUAUAUCAGACGGAUUAAGUUUACCUCAUCCCAAUAAUAAAUUUGAUUUUGCUAUUUCUAUUGCAGUUAUCCACCAUUUUUCCACUCCAGAAAGAAGAAUAGAAGCCAUCCAGCACAUUUUGAGUAAGGUUAAAUCGGGGGGUGAGGCUCUUAUCUACUGUUGGGCUUUAGAACAAGAAACUUCAAGAAGAGGUUAUAAAGAAGGUGACGAUCAAGAUAUCUUGGUCCCAUGGGUUUUACAAGAUAAAAAGAAGAAAGAAAAAAAGGAACCAAAGAGAAGAAGAAAACUUGCAAAGGAUCAAGCGUCUGAAUCUGUUGAAGAGCAAAAACCUGAAGAGCCUGUUGAAACACCAGUUCCUAAACCAGAACCGGUUACCAAAUAUAGGUACUAUCAUUUGUAUAAAGAAGGAGAAUUACCAUCCAACGCUGAAGAUGCCGGUGCCGUGGUGGUAGACAAAGGAUACGAACGAGAUAAUUGGUGGGUAAUUAUUAGAAAACCAUAG